UCAAUUUAGCAAAUUAUCUUCCACUCUUGAGCGUCACUUGAGUGUCUUGGAGAAUCUUCGCAGAAUCAGUUCUGAGACGCGAUGGAGCUGGAGAAGUUGGGGAUUUUUCUUAUUGCCGCUGUGAUUCUGACUGUUCGUGGAGUCGAGAGUGCGCCAGGAUGCAGAAUCUAUCUCACCUUGACGCCACUGGCGAGGAAUGCCGCAGAGCGAUUCCUGGAGGUGAAUUGGGGCAGUGAAUGUGAGGAGAAGAUGUGGAUUGGUGUGUUCCAGAAGAAUCCCUCGCUGUACAACGAGCAGCCCAUUCACUACCUCGAGACGCACAGCCAGGCGUCCGGCUACGAGAUGACGGGCAUUCAGCUGGGCCGUCUGGACAUGCCGACAGAGUGGCUGGACUCCGCUGGGGAGAAACAGAACUUCCGCACGCAGUGUUUGCCGUACUUCGUGGCCGGAUUCUCGGGUGAUGAUCUCGUGGCGCUGGAUUGCCUGAAGAUUCAGCCUCAGUGGCAGACGCAAAUGAAGGAUCUCAUCGGCAACUCGCGACUCAAGGAGCUCUUCAUCCCGGGCACGCACUGUUCCGCGUGCUUCGUGAACGACACGCAGUCGCGAAUGCAGCUCCUGAGGCGAUUCGUCUUCACGCAGGACUUCGACGUGUGGACGCAACUUGUCUUCGGCGUGAGAUUCCUGGACGUCAGCGUGGGCUAUCACAGUGGGAAGUUCUGGGUGGUUGCCGACAAUAUUAUGGUGUCGCCUCUGGAGAAACUCCUCCAGGACGUCCGGCGAUUUGUCCAGCAGACUGGAGAAGUGGUGAUUCUGGACUUUGGCGAUUUUCCACUGGGAUUCCGUGGUCAUCACGAGAGACACGCGGAAUUGAGAGUGUUUCUCGAGCAGGAACUCAAGGAUGUGGCUUUCCAUCGACACACAGACACCAGAGAAUCCUUCGAUUUCACCCUGAAUGAGAUUCAAUCCACCGGGAAAACUCUCAUCGUCACGUACGGAGAUGAUAAAGUGAGUGGAGAGAGUGAAAUCCUGUGGAAAUCCUGGGAGAAGCACUCCAGCGCCGCUCUAACAGACUCAGAAGUCAGGGAAUAUGUGAGAAAUCUCUUCGGCCGAAGGAAUUCCGACGCUGAAAACUUCGGAUGGAUUUUCUACGGUGUUCAGUCGAUCGAGGGAACAAUCGGCGGCUCGAGGAAGCUUCAAUCCUCGCGCGAGAGAGCGGCUGCCAUCAACAGGAACCUCACGACGUGGCUCAGCGGUCCGUGGAGUCUCACAGCCAACGCCGUGGCGGUGGAUUUCAUCCUGUCGUCGAAUCUCCUGGACAUUGCCUUGCACACAAAUCGCCACAAAGCCCACAAGACUUCGCCGCUCCUCAACAUGGACUAUUAGAGACAGACUCUCCCCGCAGAUCCUGGUGACAGUGACCUUCCCAGACAUUCCCAGCCUCCGCAUCGGUGUGAGUCAGAGUGAAUGGAAUUCUUCACGAGACUCUCUGAGCAGCAGCCUUGCACCGACGACGACCUCCGGAAUGCUGCUAUUCUAUUUGCAUGUCAACUGGCGGCGACAUUCACUCAAUCCGCACUGGGUCACACAAGUGCUGCCCAAGAGCCACUUUUGCGUGCAAUCUAUCAUACAAUUCACGAUAACUUUUCCACUGCGCAGCCAAUAAAACUGUUCCAU